AUGACGGUGAAAACGAGCAAUGCCGUUGUGAUGAAGGGUGAUGCUCCUCCGCCAACAGGAAGUCCACAGACCUGUAGGAUGAGUUUGGCCCUGAUGACAGAGUUGGGGGCAAACUUGGUCUCCCUUGUCCAGAUCACAGACAACUUCCAACAGGCCAUUUGUCGAUUGAGAGUGGCUGACAGUAUAUUUGGCAAUUAUAUUGAAUAUCAUCCUACCGUGUUCCGCAGCUGGCCAGAAUCAACAGAAAUAUCAGACAGAGGGGAGUGUGAACAGGAUACAAAUGCUUUCAUGGUAGGAACACAAACAGUAAUCCGUGUGACUGAUAUACAGAGUACAGAACGAUACACAAGUGGAUUGUCCUCUACGGCAAGCCCUCUCGGAGGCCUGGAGGAAAUUGCUCGGGAGCUUAUAGAAACAGUUAAAAUCCCUGUAACUUUGGCGGGGUGUUUGGGUAAAGCUGCAGUGAGACCUGUUAGUGGGGUGCUGCUAAGGGGACCCCCUGGCACCGGCAAGACCUCACUAGUCAGGUAUGUGGCAAGCCAGACAGGGGCUCACCUGGUCACCAUUAACGGCCCAGAAGUGUUUGGUUCCCGCCCAGGCCAGACAGAGGAAGUGCUACAAAAGAUAUUUGAAAGGGCAGUUUUGUUUUCUGAAGAAGGGCUUUGUAUUUUGUUUAUUGAUGAAAUAGAUUCUUUGUGUCCAAAGACGAGGCCAGGGGAGGCAAUGUCAGACCAGAACGCGUCCGGCUUACUGUUUAACUUCCUGGAUAGCCUUCAUGAAACUCUCUCCCUGGUUGUGAUUGGGGCAACUAACAGACCGGCAUCUCUCGACUCUGCACUGCGACGACCAGGAAGACUUGACAAGGAG